AGGCGCUAACAACGUUUUCACCAAAGACCGACCAUUCACAUUCAGUACGUUACUGACGGCUCAACGAAAUGGUUUCGAAUAUUUAGAAAGCGGCGUGUGAGCGAAAGCCAAGUAGAAAAAACUCAAAGGAUUGUGAAGUCAAAGACUCUUGCUAAAACCACAUCUAAAAGCUACACACCGAAAUGUCCUUCCUAUCGCCGACGCUCAGAUUGGAGAACCUUCCCAACGAACCGAUUAUGACACUCGAUCACAUACCGGAAGAAAAGCGUUACAACAAAAACAACAUUGUAGCCAAGUGGUGUGCGCCAAUAAAUGGAAAAUUGUAUCGCAUCGAAUUGGAACAUGGCACCACAACAGGUCGACGAAUGAUAUGGGUCAAUGGCAAGGAAGUCUUGCGACGCGACUGGAUGUUCAAACUGGUUGGCGAAGAUUCAUUUUACAUUGGACAAGCACGUUGCAUUAUACGUGUAGAUCCAGCGCCAGGUUUUCGCUAUGCAUACUCACUAUAUAUCGACGGCAAACCACACGAACAAUACACGGAUGAGCUGGCAAAACAAUAUCGUCUAUGGUUGGUCAGCAUUGAGGAUAACGAAUAUCGUAUAAUGUUGGAAUUGGAUACGAUUAAUUUGUAUGUGAAUGAUCAGCUGCGUGCAGAAACGGGUGAAUUUGUGGAUGGUGGCACGGAUACAAAGUUUAUGGAUAAUGGUAAUGCAUUUGUGCUGCAAGCGCGUUCGAGUGGCAAUAAAUUGGAUGGAUUGACGUAUACGCUAAUAGUAAAUGGUGAGGCAGUACCUGAGGCUAAGAUAUUGGAAAUUAUGCAUGAGCCAUUCUCAAUAUUAUCAGCGACUUAGAACUAAGUGUGGAAUAACUAUGCGAUGUUGUGUAGACUGUGUCAAAAAAUUAUUAAGAAAAAGUGAUAUAUGAAAGAGUAGAUACAUAGUACAUAUUUGUGAUGUGUAAACAAUUAGAGUGAUAUGUAAAAAUAAAGUAUGAAGAAGCCUUAUAAAAUGUACGACGUUUUUUUUAAGGAAAUAAAAGAAAAAAGAGGAAAGAGCUGGGUGAGGUUAUAGUGAAAUAAAAGUGCAUUUCUCA